UAAUUGUGUGAGGGCGUCUCUAAGAAAGCAUCAAAUGGCCAGCAGGAGGUUCAUUCAGCCAUCCAUCCAUCCAUCCAUCCAAACAGACCACGCAACCACGAGUCUGUCUUUGAAUCAACCAGUCUGAACCUACUCUAACCAGCAAACAACGGUUCAGCCACCCACCGUCGGUGCACAGGGCCUCAACGACUGUUGGGGGAGGGCCUCCUAGUGGAUGCCCACUGGGUCCCCGAAUGACCAAAGAAUUCGCCCGCCCUCCCGCCACCUUGAAGACCUGCCUGCCCUGCCUGUGCUACUGUGUACCUUAAACUGCCGACCUACUACUAACUACUUAAAUCCCUCCCUAAUACGAAAAAACCUUUGCUACAGGACCUUCUCUCUGAGUCACAUCCAUCCACCCGUCCAUCCAUCCAUCCAUCAAUCAAUCGUCAUAUGCGACCUGCUUCCACCAGAAGCGGACGAACGGCAGUGCGAUCAACGUGGGCAAGGCGAAUUGGACGAAUACCGUGAGUCCGUCCACCUCACCACCCCCCAUACUCGAAUUCGCUACUUCAAAAAGAGUCUCGAAGUAGCCGCACAGCAGAGAGCCGACGAUGAUGCCCAGAUUGAUGCAAGUGCUAUCCCGCACACUCAGAUCCCGCAGCCUAAGCGGUUUCUGUUCUUCUCCUGCCGCCGGUUUCGUCCAGCUGUUCUCGAGCACUCGUACAUCCGACGGCAGGUCACCUGAUUGAUCAAUGAAUGACACACACAUGUCCCAAAAAACCGACCAACAUUUAUGUGUGCAUCCGCCCAUCGCUUACGAUCUCUGGGUAUGGUGGUGGCUUCUGGGAUCUUGUUCCACCAGUACACGAUGAUGGGCCCCAGCACCACUGUGGCCAGGGCAAGCUGAGAGAGCACGGCAACCUGGGCGCUGAACAACUUGGACGCGAUCUCAGGGCCGCCCAGACUGCACACACACAUACACACAGAUGCAGAUAAGGCGAUUGAUGUACCAUCCGUUCUCGUCUGAUACCUGGUGUCAACGUAGAGGUACUCGUGCACUUUGUCCUUCGUGACGACGUACAACCAAGCGAUGAGGAUGCCGAGCAUCGAGCCAAUGUUGGCACAGGCGAUGUCCCGUUGGCUGAGAUGCCUGAAGAGAUUGAAUCUUCCAGCGCUCAGGGCGGUCAGCGACCUCCCUCCGGCUGAUCUCGGUGUGGGCUGCGGGUGGUGUGCCACUCGGAUGGGCCCUGUGUCAGCCGGAUGGGCCGGACGAAGGCCGCAGAGGACGGCAGCGGCGACAGGGCGACGGACAGAAGAAUCAGCACAAUGGGCAGCCUGCAGACAAGGCAGACAGUGCGGCCAAUCCCGUCUGUAUCCAUUUGUGUGUGUGACAGUCGAUCUGUCCAGCUCCUUGAUCAGCGGGCCUCUGAGAAAAGGCACACAGGUGCUCAGGGGUCGUAGAAGCCAAGGGAUGCUACACUACCAAC